CGCAAAUCAUCGCUCGCGAGGGAGGCGGAGCCGCGCUCAGCUCCUUCCAGCGCGUGACGUCACCGGCGGUCGCUGGGCAGAACCUCUCGAACAGAAAGGAACAAGCUACGAUGGUUCUCAUCAAGGAGUACCGUGUGGUUUUACCUUGCAGUGUUGAGGAGUAUCAAGUGGGACAGUUGUUCUCUGUUGCUGAAGCAAGUAAAAAUGAGACGGGUGGUGGUGAGGGCAUCGAAGUCCUCAAAAAUGAGCCCUAUGAAAAAGAUGGUGAAAAAGGACAGUAUACACACAAAAUCUACCAUCUAAAGAGUAAGGUUCCUGGUUUUGUCAGAUUGUUUGCUCCUGAAGGUUCCCUGGUAUUCCAUGAAAAAGCCUGGAAUGCCUACCCAUACUGCCGAACCAUUGUGACCAACGAGUAUAUGAAAGAUAGUUUCUUCAUUAAGAUUGAGACGUGGCACAAACCAGAUCUUGGAAAUCAAGAAAAUGUUCAUAAAUUAGACAAUUCCACAUGGCAGAAUGUAAUGGUUGUGCCCAUUGACAUUGCAGACAGAAGUCAAGUGUCCACUGCUGACUACAAGCCAGAUGAGGAUCCGGCAAAGUUCAAGUCAGUUAAGACCGGCAGAGGACCACUCGGACCCACCUGGAAGAAAGAACUGGCUAAUAAGACGGACUGCCCAAGGAUGUGUGCCUAUAAGCUGGUCACAGUCAAGUUCAAGUGGUGGGGUCUUCAGACGAAAGUAGAAAACUUCAUCCACGAGCAAGAGAAAAGGAUCUUUACAAACUUCCAUCGCCAGCUCUUCUGUUGGAUUGAUAAGUGGGUAGAACUCACGAUGGAUGACAUCCGACGAAUGGAGGCGGAGACACAGAAGGAGCUGGAUGAGCUUCGCAAACAGGGUGAAGUUCGAGGAACCAGCGCUGCAGACGAAUGAAAAGCCAAAGGAUUUAAAACACCCACUAUGACGGCAGCAGUGAUGGAGAUGAAGAGUGCUCCUUCAGUGCCACCCCCCCUUCUCUCUUUUUAAAUCUUAACUGAAUUAGGCUGUGGAGGAGGGAGCACUGCUACCUGCAAUCAAUAGAGCAGAUCCCUGACUUCCACCCAAUCACAGACAUUCUCUCCACUGAGGAAUUGAUUUCUAGAAACCAACGCGAUCCUUGCUGAUAAGACUCUGGUUAAAUUUGAUCUCCUGGGCAGAGAAAGGCCAGCUAUCAGCAUCAUGUUAUUGACAAGAUCUAGUCGUCUGGAGAGCUAUAAAGAGGAGCUACUUGCAGUAGAGAUGAAUUCUUACAAAAGCAAAACCAUUGGCCUGAUUCCACAGUGGCAGGUGUUGGACCAAAUAUUUCUUCUGUAUUAUUUCGCUUUUCUUUCUUUUUCCUUUUUUUAAAUGUUUCCCUUUCAAAACAUUCCUCUCAAAAUGAUGCCCUGCCUGGCCUCCCUUUGUCUCCCCCUUGGGUUUAACUGUACACACUGUGGCUCGGUGGUUUGCAUUCCCCAGCAUGAGUCUGUCUGUUUGUCAUACUCGUGUUCCUUCCUGCCACAGCCUCCAUUAAGAGAUUACUAACACCCUUGGCGCCUUGUCCCACUGUAAUCCCUCACCCAUCAACCCACCUCACCCAAAGCGCUGCGUUUUAUUAACAUUGACAAUCAUGCCCGUGCAGGUCUUCACUCUGUCUUGUACAGGUUCAAUGGAACACCCACACGCGCACGCACACAUACAUACAUUGUGCACCGGAGGAUAAACGUGGAUUCACACUUCCACUCACAGAUGUGGAUGCCAUUGUGGUGACUGAUCUCUUAAAAGCUCAAGCUGGGCAGAUCCAUGCAGGCUUGUUCAGCUAAAGGAUGUUGCUUUGGAAUUGUUUACAGUUCUCACUUUCUCCCCCUCACCACACACACACACACACACACACACACACACACACAGACACACUCCCCGUUCUGAAGGCAUUCAUUCACAUGUAACAUACAACAACACAGUAUUCACCUCCCUGACAGAUGUCCCCAAAGAAAAUGUGCAGUGAAAAACAGCCACAGAUGGUGCUACACCCCUCCAGCCUCCGUCACAAGCCAACCUGCAACGCACUGCUCACUCCACCUCACCCAGCCCACCCUGGAGGCCUGUCUGGUCCUCCAAGGCAGGAAGCCUCAUCUCCUGCUUCUUCUAGGUGUUUACAGACUCUUACCUGCCUCAUCAGUGCCCUGUCGACACCAGCGCCACACACCGUUUGCCUUAUUCCCUCUACCUUUCAUAUCGGUGUGACCCGUCGUCCAGUACCUGCUGUCCCACCUCCCUGUCUACUUGUUUGGAAUAAGUUAUAGUGGAAAGAAUUUUGUGAGCUCAGAUGUUUGGAGUGAACUUCCGUCUUCAGGGUGUGGAUUUUAUGCUUUUAGAUUUUUUUUCCCCUGCCAUUUCCUCUCGCAUCGCCCGAGCAAGUGCAAUUUCUUCAACAAGCAAAUAAGUGCAUUGUGUACGUGACGACCUGUCUUUGCUGCCAACUACUGCAGAUCCUGCCCGUUCCUCACACCAGACACUUUGAUAUGUCCUAUUAAUGACGCCUGGCUUUUCUACUCCCCGGUGCACUGCUCUGCUCUCGGGCUCCACAAUCACGUGGCACUGGCCCUCACCAGUGUUAAAGGCAUUUACAGUAAUAGUGGUUUUGCAUUUGACUCUUUCUGCCGUUCGUGUUUUUGGCUCAUGUUGUGUUUUGUGUUGAUGUUGUUGUUACCCUAAAGGCGUCUUACAGUAAUUGAAUAGGUGGUGUUUUAAACGUCUACUUUCGCUAAUUCUAAGUUACAUAUGAAAAACUCUGCGCUCAACGAUGGUUUUGUUUUGUUUGUUUUUUUAAAUUUCCUGUUGAUCUAAUGAGGGGAUGUGAUCACUUCCUCGGUAGCGGCUCAUUGGCUUGUCCAAAGCGUGCGAAUGGAUUCGAUAUGUUUACAUGUAUUCAGAAACUGUAGCCUGUUAACAUAGGAACGUGUGGAAGUAACUGUUUGAGACGUUUUUACCCUAACAACAAUCUUCUCAGGUGAACAACACGGCGGUUCUUUUUGACACUGUUGCUCGUCAAACAGUUGACCCGUUCGUCAAUACGAUAUCACCAUCUUCAGACACUUGAAGGUGGUCACGAUGCAGGCCCGUUCUGUGUGAGGCAGCCAGUAGGCCGUUGUUACUGUACUGUACUGCGAUUGUAUGCAUUCAGCGUAAUCGGUGUUUGGACAGAUCCAGGCAGUGUUAAAUGGACAAACCCGUUGACUUAAUACAAUAAGGUAAAUCAUUAGUUCACAAAGAAAGUACAGUCACAUUCUACUUUGUAUUCUGCCUAUUCUGAUUGCCUUGCUUUUAAUGGUUUCCGAUAAGCUUUUUAAUUUGAGGGGUCGUGGGCUUGAAUGUAUAUUUGUGCCUUUUCUGUCUUCUUGUGCCUUAAAGUCUACAUGUUCCAUCAAAGUAUCAAAUAAAUCUGCUGGAAAAUAAUGUUUAGGUAGUUGAAUGGUUGACGUUUACUUUUUUUAAAAGAUUUAUAUUCAUGUUUUCUUUACAGCAGUACAUGUUUUGACCGAAUAAACAUUUAAUCAGCAAA